AUGAAACUCUCCACCCUGCUGCUCAUCACGCCGCUCGUGCUCGCCAUUCCCUUCACGCCUCACCCAGCGCAACUCCACGAUGACCCGGACUCGGAUGCGUUGACCCAGACCCAGGACCAGGGUGAGGGUCAAGGCCAGGGCCACGCCCAAGCCCAAGACCAAGGCGAAGCCGUCAAGAACCACGUCCUGCAGAACAUGCGGCCGCAGACACAAACCCAAACUCACCAGGCACACUCUGCCCCGACCAGCACACGCACCAGCACCAGCACACGCACCAGCACCAGAACCAAGCCCGCAACACCGGACCAUACCACCAGCACCACCAGCCCAGAAGCAGAAGCAGAAGCAGAAGCAGAAGCAGAAGCAGAAGCAGAAGAUAUCGACCCCAACCCCAUCCCCAGCCCCAGCCCCGGCCCCGAAGACGAGGACAAGGACGACAAGAACAAAUCCACAGAUACCCCCACCCCAACCACCACUACCGACAAACCCAACCCCAACCCCAAGAACAACUCCCACCCCGACGACAACAACAACAACAACAACAACAACAACAACGAAGACCCCCCCUCAGCCCUAGCCACCGCCAUCGCCCUCAUCCCCAACCCCAACGCCACCCAGAACCCCGGCACCACCCAGACCUGCCCCACCGGCCGCCCCUCCAAGCAGUGCUGCCAGAGCAUCGAGGCCGUCGCCGACUCCGUCCUGCAGCCCCUCGGCGAGCUCGUCCCCUACCUGGCCGGCGUCGACGUCUCCAGUCUCCUCGCUUUGGAGUGCACCGGAAUGGCCAACUCCGACCCCAACGCCAGCUGCUUCGACUCCGUCAUGUGCUGCGAGGGCGUCCCCGGCCAAACAACGUCCCAACAGACCCUCAAAACAGCCUGCACGACCUGGGACCAGGCCAUGGUCGACAAGGCGGACGAUGACGCCGCGGACGCUGCUGCUGCCGCUGCUGCUGCUGCUGCUGCUUCGCCCGCUCCGAGUUCGUUGCCGAGUGCGGCGCCGGCGCCGGCGAAGAGGGCGCGGGGCCUGCCUGCGUUGCCGGAGCUGGAUCUGGGGCUGGGCGAGCUGCUGGAGGGGGGGGCGGGGGUGUUCGGGCGGAAGGGGAGUGUUGUUGGGUUGGGUGGGGGGCCGAAUUAG